GUUAAACAACAGAUGUGACAUACUAACCUUUAACCACGGCACCCAUCGGUUGAAUAGGUGAAUGGAGCAUAUAUUUAAUCUCUUGCAUGUGGUGAUGGCCAUCAUCAAUUUUUCCAGAACAAAUGGGACAUUCUGUAGCCUACAAGGAGAGCCUGCAUACCCACAACUAUCAAAGCAUGGCGAUAUCAUCAUUGGAGGGAUUUUACCAUUUCACAGCAGAUGGGAUGUCACAAACAUGUCCUAUCUGGUCAAGCCACCUCCAGUGAAGUGCAUGAGUCUUGAUUUCAGAGCUUUCCAGUUCUCACAGUCCUUGAUAUAUGCAAUAGAGGAGAUCAACAACAGCUCAUCUUUACUGCCUGGUGUUUCUCUGGGCUACAAGAUAUAUGACAGCUGCACUUCCACAGCAAUUGGGGUUAGAAUGGCCAUGACACUUGUAAAUGGAAAUGAGAACUCAGACUUGGAUGAGCCCUGUUCAAAACCAGCUCAGGUGCAGGCCAUAAUCGGUGAGACAUAUUCAUCAGUGUCAAUGGCUAUUGCAAAUAGUAUUGGACCACUCAGUGUUCCUGUGAUCAGUUAUUAUUCCACCUGUGAGUGUCUCAGUGACAAAAGGAAAUAUCCCUCAUUUUUACGCACUAUUCCCAGUGACUAUUUUCAAAGCAGGGCACUGGCAGAGAUGGUGAAACACUUUGGCUGGACAUGGGUGGGAGCAAUCAGAAGAGAUGAUGAUUAUGGUAACAGCGGAAUGGCUGCAUUUACUGAAGCUGCAGUUGAAUUAGGCAUAUGCCUGGAAUAUUCUAUUCCAUUUUUUAGAACCUACUCACAAGAAAAAGUGCUAAGAAUUGUUGAGCAGGUCAAAAGCUCCACUUCUCGAGUGAUUGUGGCAUUUGUCGACACAUGGGACUUGGAUAUUUUGGUACAUGCCUUUUUUAAAAACAAUGUCACUGGAUACCAGUGGGUGGGUACUGAAGCCUGGAUCUUUGAUCUAGAACUGGCCACACUCGAUAAAUUCAACAUACUGCAAGGAGCUAUAGGGCUGGCUAUCUCCCAAACAACAGUAACAGGUCUGAAAGACUUCAUUCUGGAUAUAAAUCCACUGAAGUCUGUAGGAAGUGCCAUAUUUACAGAAUUCUGGGAGGCUCUGUUUCAGUGUACAUUUACAAAACAGAAUAAAUCUAAAGAUAAACCAGUGUGCACAGGAGAAGAGAAAGUGUCUGAAGUUGAAAACCCAUUUACUGACAUGUCACUAAUGCCAAUUUUCAGUAAUGUGUAUAAAGGUGUUUAUGCUGUUGCUCAUGCCCUACAUGACCUUCUUGGCUGCACUCAAACAUGCCCGACCAAGAAGCAGCCAGAUCCAUUCACAUUUCUAGAGCAUCUCAAAAGGAUUCAUUUCAAAACCAAAGAGGGUGAUGAAGUGUAUUUCGAUAAAAAUGGAGACCCUGCUGCAAAAUAUGAGAUCAUAAAUUGGCAGACACAUAAAGAACAUCAAUAUGAGUUUGUCAGUGUUGGACUUUAUGACUCAACUCUACCGUUUCACAAUCGAUUAACGGUAAACAUGGCCUCAAUUGUCUGGGCAAAAAAUAGCAAUCAGGUGCCAGUGUCAGUGUGCAGUGAGAGCUGUCCUCCAGGCACCAGGAAAGCUGUACAGAAAGGAAAGCCGAUCUGCUGCUUUGACUGUAUACCGUGUGCAGAAGGAGAAAUCAGCAACAUGACAGAUUCUGUUACAUGUGAACAAUGCACCCAGGACUACUGGUCAAAUCCAUACAGAGAUAAAUGUGUAAAGAAGGAAACUGAAUAUCUCUCCUAUGAGGAAACCAUGGGCAUUUUGCUGACAGCUGUUUCUGUUAUUGGUGCUAUCAUGGCAAUAACAAUAGCAAUAUUGUUCUUUAGAUAUAAAAAUACCCCAAUAGUCAAAGCCAACAACUCAGAGCUGAGCUUCUUACUGCUCUUCUCCUUGAAUCUAUGUUUCCUCUGUUCACUGACUUUCAUUGGUCAGCCCUCUGAGUGGUCCUGUAUGCUGCGUCACACAGCUUUUGGAAUAAUCUUCGUCCUCUGCAUCUCCUGUGUUCUGGGGAAAACAAUAGUGGUGUUAAUGGCCUUCAGAGCUACACUUCCAGGCAGUAAUGUCAUGAAGUGGUUUGGGCCUCCACAGCAGAGACUCAGUGUUCUUGCAUUCACUCUCAUUCAGGUCCUUAUUUGUGUGAUUUGGUUAACAACCUCUCCUCCCUUUCCUUUCAAAAAUGUAAAGCACUACAAGGAAAAGAUCAUUCUAGAAUGUAAUUUAGGAUCAAAUGUAGCUUUCUGGGCUGUACUGGGUUAUAUUGGACUUCUGUCUCUUUUAUGUUUCAUUUUGGCUUUUCUGGCUCGAAAGUUGCCUGAUAACUUCAAUGAAGCCAAAUUCAUCACAUUCAGCAUGCUGAUAUUCUGUGCUGUCUGGAUCACCUUCAUCCCAGCUUAUGUCAGCUCUCCUGGAAAGUUCACUGUAGCUGUAGAAAUAUUUGCCAUUUUGGCCUCAAGCUUUGGAUUGCUGUUUUGUAUCUUUCUACCAAAAUGUUACAUAAUCAUUUUGAAGCCAGAGAAGAACACUAAAAAACAAAUGAUGGGUAAGAUGGCAGUUAAGUGAACUAACUGUUUACAUUCUUACUACUGAUAUAAACCUACGCUAAUUCAUGUUUACUAAAUGUAUCAUUAAUGUAUCAUUUAUUUUUUGCAUAACUUUCCAAUAAGCCACCAACUCAGUAUAAACUACUAAUCAAAGGUUUUGACUGUACCUCUCAUAAUUUUAAUAAACAAGUUUUGCUCAAUAAUAAAACAAAAUACAGAUACUUGUCAAUAUAACUACUAUAAAAAUGCAAAAAAUGGUGCAACACACAACAGCUUUAUACUGUGCAGGGAUACACAGAGUACGAAAGGGAAAAUUUGAAUACCACAGCAAGUAAAAAGUGAAGGGGCCUAUCUUUUAGACGAUGCCACGAACAUGGUCACCAUCUUGAAAGCCGAAUGCAUACACAAGGUAACAAGGUAACAUACCUGAAAAUAAAUACACAAGACAAUAAAUAAAUGUAAUAUGAAUUCAGCAGGAAAAAUCAAUAGACAUAUAGACAUAUGGUAUUAGUCCAGUUCAUCUAUAAUACUUGUUGUUUUACAGAGGCAGUAGUAGAUAUUAUUAGUGAAGGCAGUCCUAAUGAUAAAGUUGUGCAGUUUCCACAGCUGCUUGAAAGGCCUGAAGUUUAAGGCUGUGCAGUUUCCACUGUGAGCCAACUGUUGCAGACACUCUCUGUAUCUCACAAAAGUAAUAUUUUAGAAAUAUUUGUUUCAUUGGACAGUACAAUAGAAAUUAAGUAAGUACAUAACUUAGAAAUAGAUUAGUCAGUGUAGAACUUGUAUAGCAGUAUACAUUUACUGUCAUCUAACAAUAACAUAAUGUUAGAUUAAGUACAUUACUUUCUAAGUAGCUGUUCAUGUGUUUAGCAUUAUAUCUAAAGGUUGGCCUUAAAAAAAGAAAUUGUGGCAGCUGGUAGACAGUGUUGGGCACGUUACUUUGAAAAAGUAUUUAGUUAUAGUUACUAGUUACUGCUC